GAGAAAAUUCAUCCGAAGUAAACAAAACAUCGAUUGAUCGAGUGAUCUUUUCAACAAAAACUGCAUGCGCGUGCAACAGUGAUAAUAUAGGAUUUUAGGCUUCAAGAAAGUAAUGUGCGAGGAUGUCGUUUGAUCAGUUACCGGAGGAGAUUCUGCAGAAAAUUUUCGACUAUUUACCACAUGCGGAACAUAUCGACAAAACUCGGGUAAGUCGCCGCUGGAAUCGACUGGCGCUCAAGGAAACCUACCUGAUUCUAGCCUAUGGAGAGUCGGUGAUCAGCGAACGAAUACUUCAACGAACGUCACGAGGAUAUUGCUGUUUUUCGAUCGAGUUUAGCGAGUCCUAUGAGGCGUUGCGCGCUAAAUUGGCAUUAUGCGCCAAAAAGUUCUUUCUCCGGAAGCUUAUUCUGGACGGCAUACAAACCUAUGCAAUUAUGACGUUCGUAGAUGAACAUCGAUUGUGGUUGCGCAGCCUUGUACACCUCUCGAUAACCUCGAUCAAUCAAAUCAAUACUUUCGGAGAUGACGUUGAGCUGGAGUUACCUCGUUUACGUAUCCUGUCGUGGACUUUCAACACGGACAGUGGAAACCGGCAAAUGCCUGUGUUCAGAAUUAGGGCUCCUCUCCUGGAAGACGUUUAUAUAGAGCACGGAGAUCUAGAUCGUACGCCUCUGAUUCUAGAAAACACUAGUAGACUUAAGUCGCUUGGCCUGUUUGUACCACGCUUAAUCGAAGGCUUGUGCCCGAAUGGGUUAGAGUCGGCUACUUGCCUUAGGGUUUACAACUCUUCGUCGCCUUUCGAGUGGAACAUUGAUCGAUUCAAUUUGCCGAGGUUACAGACUUUAGAACUUUGUGGAUGUUCCGUAAACAGCAACUCAACUUUAUUCCUCCGUAACUUCCGGAACCUGGAAAUGCUAGUCAUCCAAACCGAAACAAGCAACGUGAUAGAUUUAACAGUUGUCGCUCACAGUUUACCAAAAUUACGAAUUUUGCGUUUGUUUGAAAUCAAAGUGAGAUCAAGCGAAACCAGCAUAACCUUUCCAUCUCUUCAAACCAUGGAUCUCAACGAUACGAUUUGUUCCGACAUGCCCACCAUCAAUGCCAGAAAUCUUAUGACUUUAAAGGGUACCAGUCUCAACGUUAACUCUUUCAUCCUGACUGAUUACUCAGUCGUACGGUGUUUGAUUCUGUACGAUUUAUAUCUCAACUUCCGACAACCUCGACAAUUCUCGUCACUCAUGAUUCUGUAUCUGGAUGUACCCUGUGACGAUGCUAAUCCCAUGCUAGCCGAAUGUCUUCUCCAGUUUCCCAGACUGUUUCGUUUGACAAUCGUUUUGCACAACAAACGCGCACCGAUUAACAUAAGCGGUCACUUCCUUGCGAUGGCCUUUGUAGAUCUGAACUACCUGCACAUGAGAAACUUCGACUUGGAUUACAACUUCCUGGAAGGCAUCAACAAAGCCAGACGUCUUAUGACUUUAAUCCUACAGGACGGAACCCUGGCGGUUUCUACGGAUGAUCGACAGUUCGCCUUCAACGAAGUGCAAUACUUCUACAUGAAAAACGUUAUGCUUCCGAAGCAGGUCAUCAACUUCCCGAUAUUGUAUCCCACAGGCGCUCAGCGGGGCCUGUCAUUGGCCGAGGGAAAUGUGUUUAGCACCGAAACGUGGGAUGAUUUGAAUAUCAAAAGUCAGGAAGAUUACGUAACGUAUCUCGUUCAUUAGUUUGCCGUUUGAGGAAAGUAUUCUGAAGUGUUUAUUUAGAACAACAUGUUUCAGUGGUAUUUAAGUAUUUUUAAAGCUUUGGAAUUCGUUGAUUUGUUUGAAAUGAAAAAUUUGGUUAUUUCCUAUCUGAAAGUGAUUUAAUUUUUUUAAUCAAUACGGCAUUCUGACAAUUUUUCACCAUAAUCCGAAGAUUCACAGCCGCAUCAUCUAAAAUAUAGCUAAUCAUAUUUUCAUGGUAACCAAUUUUAUUUAACUUACAAAAGUUGAUCUCCGUUUCCGUCUAAUCGUAUCCGUCGCCAGCCAACGCGUACUCAGAAUCCAUCGUGUGAAAAUAAUCUCCAUGGCGCUCGAACAGAACGCCCGAUUCAGGACAACCUAUCCGGAGGGGAAAAUGUUCACGUUCAAUUCCCACCAGGGUACCGGAGUAAACAUUUAUCGAGGUCACGCAGGGAAGGUCUACCACUUGUUCGGCAUUCCUGCCGCAGUCUAUGGUAACGCGGUCCAGUGAUAGAUGCUGGAAAAAUCAAGAAUUAUUAAUGAUUAGGUAACCAAAUUCUCCCAAUAUAAUGUUCGUACCUUCAACGAAUACCAGUGAGAAAUGUAGCGGAAAAAGUCCAGAUCCAGCGCUACCUUACGCAGCUCUAAUCUUUCGAUGGCCCUUGGUAUUUCGCAACGUACUUUGAAUUGAGAGAUAUUUUGAUCGUUUCUACAAGGAUUUCUAAGUAUGAGAGCCGCAACGGUUGCAUGUUGCUGUAAGAACGGACUCAAAUAGUUUUGGAAAGCAGUAUCCAAGUAAGUGGAUUCCAAGUCUAGGUAAAACUCCGACAAUCGUUCGUUGUUUACGAUGUGCGUUGUGGCGAGAAUGCUUAAUGGUAUAGAUAAAACUUUCAAUUUUGGUGCAAAUAAAGUGAAAUCU